CAUGUUGUAUGUAAAAAUCAUUUUAUUACGUUCAUCAUUAUCAUCAACUUUCAUUUUCUCGUCAAUUUUUAGUGUGAUAUCUCCUUAUUCAAUUUUUGUGUAAAAAUGUCUUCAACUGGUGAAAAUCGUUCUUCUAACAGCACUAGAGAUUCUAAAGCAAACAUUUCCUCUUCUCGUUUACGCAAGGAACUGAUGGAUCUUGUUAUGGGACGUGAUAAAGGUAUAUCUGCCUGUCCUGUGGAUGACACUUUUUUCAAAUGGAUUGCCACCAUUGAUGGACCUAAUGAUACCGUCUACGAGAAUCUGAAAUUUAAACUAAGUCUCAAAUUUACUACACAAUAUCCUUAUGUUCCCCCAAAUAUUAAAUUCAUAAGUCCCUGUUAUCACCCUAAUAUCGAUUCUUCUGGAAACAUUUGUCUUGACAUUUUGAAGGAUAAAUGGACUGCGUCAUACGAUGUUAGAUCUGUACUACUUUCGAUACAAUCGCUUCUCGGUGAACCCAAUUUAGAUGAUCCAUUGGAUCCUGAAGCAGCUGCCAAUUGGAAAAAGUCUGAUUUCAAGAAGAUCAUGUUGAUGCACCAUGCAAAAGGGGAGAAGAAAUCAACUCAAUAAUAUUUAUUUGGAAUUUAAAACGAGUAAAUUUAUCAACUUAUAAAGCCUUGGAAGAAAAGUCAGAUUAGAUAUUCAUCAACUCGACACUCGAACUUUUCAGAGAUUUUCAUCAGCAAUUUUUAACCAAUCAUUCAUAUUUAUAAAAAUUAUAUCGCUUUGUCUUAAUAUUCAAAGCAAAAAUAAUUAUUUUCAAUCAUUGAUGUUUAUCUGAUCAAAUUUUAUUUCCAAGGUACAUAUUUAGCUCUUUUUAUACUUCAAUUUGAUAAAAAUUUCAAACUAUGACUCGAUGAAUAUAUCAUUUUAAACGAAGCACAUCAUUUAAUAAAAAUAGCCAAUUGGUUAAAAAACGAA